CUAUCUUUUUCCCCCCUCGAGAUGCAUCUCUACAUAUAGCACACAAGACAGAGAGUGAGCGGAGACGAACAACGCCCGCGCAGAGGCCGGGGCUAGCUAGCUAGCUCCUCCGAUGGCCAGCCGUGGCGGCGCAUCCGUGGUGCUCGUUGUCCUGUGCAGCUCGCUGCUCGGGUUCGCGCCGCGGCCAGGUGCGGCCGGGAAGCCGCUCGUGCCGGCGAUGUUCGUGUUCGGGGACUCCCUGGUGGACGUCGGCAACAACAACCACCUGGCCAGCGUCAACGACAGCUGCAAAGCGAACUACCGGCCCUACGGCGUCGACUACCACCCCGGGCAGUCACCGACCGGCCGGUUCAGCAACGGCUACAACUUGGCGGACCAUCUAGCACGAUGGCUGGGCUUUGCCGGGAGCCCGCCACCUUUCCUCUCCCUGGCGAACGCGAGGGCGAGGCACACUCGGCGGACGACGGUGAGCACGGGCAUCAACUUCGCGUCCGGAGGGUCGGGUCUCCUCCCUACAACCGGCGAUUCUGUGUGUGGCGGCGCGGUGGUUUCCAUGGCCGAGCAAGUCGGCAACUUCACGAGCCUCGUUCGGACGACGACGUGGGAAGGCAGCAAGAGACGGGAGCGGACGGCGCCCGGUCUCGUCUCCGAGUCGCUCGUCUUCAUCAGCGUCGGCAGCAACGACCUGUUCGAGUACAGCGACUUCUUCGCAGACCCUAAGAACCGCAACGUUAGCCGCAACGACACCGCGUUUCUGGGAGGGCUCGUUGCUCUUUACGCGACCUACGUGAAGGAUCUGUACGCCGCCGGGGCAACCAUGUUCUCCGUCGUUAGCCCGUCGCUGGUCGGGUGCUGCCCGUCGCAGAGGAAGAUAGCGGAGGACACGCACGACGUGGACGGCUUCGGCUGCCUCGGCACGGCGAACAACCUCUCCAGGCAGCUGUACCCCAUGAUCGGCUCCAUGCUGGAGAGCCUCAGCCAAGACGAGCUGCCCGGCAUGAAGUACUCACUCGGAGACGCCGUCGCGAUGGCCCAGUGGAUAUUCACCCACGCUAGCACACCUCCCAACAACUUCACUACGCCCGACCGCGCGUGCUGCGGCUCAGGGGAUUUCGGCUCGGGCGCGUGCAACAGUUCGGCUCCGCUGUGCCCCAACCGGAGCAGCUUCUUCUUCUGGGACAGGUUCCACCCCACCGAGACGUUGGCGGCGGUCACGGCGCAGCAGCUCUUCAGCGACAACGGGACCUUCGUCCACCCGAUCAACGUGCAGCAGCUGGUGGCGCCGUCGUCGCGGCCAUGAGCAGCAUCUGUUUUGGCUCUGAUUGAAUGCUCAUGCAUGCUUCGAUGAUACGUAUGAUAUACUAUCGCUGCAACUGUAAUAAUGAUAAUAAUAAGCAUCAGUAAGUACGUGUGUGGCAACUAUUUUAAGAGAUUGGUUUAAGCUAAAGGCUGUAGAGAUUCUUGUCGGCGUCGAGAAGGUUCUCAGGGCGGCGCGUUCGUGACCGAAGAUUCCUAUAUGCACUGAUAUAUACCUGUUGCUUG